AUGUUAAUCUCAUCGAUGAGGAAGUGCCAGGAUGCUGAUGGCUCUUUGAGACCAUAUGAAGAUAAUCAAAAAUCAACAUCACAUUCUCUGAUGCAACCGUUAAUGGGUGCACCAACAACGAGUUCAGUAAUACCUAUAAAUUAUUUUGAUGAUCGGCGUGUUGAAAAUAAAUCAGAAUCAUUACGUAUAACAGUUCUUAAUAAUAAAAAUUCUACUGAAUUAUCACAACAAUCUAGUCCUGCUGGAACUGAUGUGAUUGACGAAGACUUAGAAGAGGAAUAUUUUGAUGAUGAUGAAGAAUAA